AUGGUAGAGUGUUCGAGCAGCUCAAGAUCGAAACUAAAAAACCGUCCCAUUGGCGUCGCACCGCAGCACCGGAUGUCUGACUACCAGCGGGUACGACCUUUGCAAAAUUUCGAGGUCGACACAAAUAACGUCGGUCGCGUAGGCAGUGUUUUUCAAAAGCGAUGGUCAAAUUGGAAAAUAGUAAAUGUUCUACGCAAGUAUGGAAGAUUCAUUGGACCAGGGCUUAUGGUGUCUGUUUCGUACAUGGAUCCCGGAAAUUUUAGCACUGCGGUAGCGGCAGGUUCUGCCCAUCGCUAUAAAAUGCUGUUUUCCGUACUUGUUGCCAAUAUUUUGGCCGCGUUUUGGCAGUGUUUAUGUGCGAAAUUGGGUGCUGUCACAGGACUGGAUCUGGCUCAAAAUUGCCGUCGUCACUUACCAACGAAUUUGAAUCUGGUACUGUACAUCUUGGCCGAAGUGGCCAUCAUUGCCACGGAUCUGGCUGAAGUGGUCGGUACAGCUAUUUCAUUAAACAUUCUAUUCAACGUGCCAUUGCCCUUGGGGGUAAUUCUCACAGUCGUCGACGUGCUGGUUGUUCUUAUGGCGUACCGUCCCAACGGUUCCUUGAGACUUAUUCGGUGGUUCGAGAUUUUCGUGUCGCUGCUCGUGGUAGGGACCGUAGUGUGCUUUUCUGUCGAGCUAUUUUCUGUCUCGAUCGAAAAUGUGGGCGAGGUGUUCAAAGGGUUCAUGCCGAGCAAAGCUGUUGUUGAAGGCGACGGCAUUUACCUAAGUUUGGCAAUCCUGGGCGCCACUGUUAUGCCGCACAGCUUGUACCUCGGGUCAGGUGUGGUGCAGCCCAGAUUGCGCGAUUACGACAUCAACAACGGACACUACAAACCCAGUGACACUGAUGUCGACAACAAUCACGAAAAUUAUAAACCAUCCUAUGAUGCCAUCAACGACACGCUCACUUACACUAUAGCCGAGCUUCUGGUGUCACUGUUCACGGUAGCUCUGUUCGUUAACUGCUCCAUUCUAAUAGUAGCGGGCGCAACGCUGUAUGGAUCACCACAGGAAUCUAGCGCGGAUCUUUUCACGAUCUAUGAGCUCUUGUGCAAAAGUUUAUCAAAAGCAGCAGGUACAGUCUUCGUGCUUGCGUUAUUGUUUUCGGGCCAAUCUGCGGGAAUCGUGUGCACUUUGAGCGGGCAAAUGGUUUCUGAAGGUUUUCUGAAUUGGACCAUUGCGCCUGCAUUGCGCAGGGCUCUCACUAGAGCCGUAGCCAUCACUCCGUGUUUGAUUUUGGUCUUGGUCGCUGGACGCCGGGGCCUAAGCGGUGCUCUAAACGCCUCUCAAGUCGUGUUAUCGUUGUUGCUGCCGUUCGUUUCAGCGCCCCUGCUGUAUUUCACAAGCAGCAAGAAGAUCAUGCGUGUGGAUUUGGCAAAUAAUUGUUACUACGAUGAUCGUGACCGGGGCAUUCCUUUGCAGAAUCUGGCGGCUGAUAAUGCAGCAGACAGUACAGACGAUGAAAAUGGUGGCAAUGAUAGCGAUAGUCUCGACAUUGAUGUAGCGCUGCCGUCUGGGAAUCACAACAACAGUGGCAGCGACAGCGACGAUCAUCUCUAUGCCGAUAUGAGCAACAGUACUUUCACAACAAUCAUGGCUGUCUUGCUGUGGCUAUUCAUCUCUGCUUUGAAUUUCUAUCUACUCACAAGCUUCUCCACGGGUAAUGAUGUACAUAUGUAA